AUGAACAUCCUAACUUUCAGUCCUCUAAAGUCUCCACUGCUCUCGAUAUUUACAAAGGUUCCCGCUCCGGGCUUGGCCCACCUGACUGAGAAAGAAAAGAACACACCUCUCAAGGGGAUGCUGUGUGACAUAUCUGGCAAAUACCUGUUCCUGGUUGAUAAGACCCUCAUAGCUGCCUUCCUCACUCACAACACAGAACCAACUGUUUUUCUGAUCCUACCGGUCCAGGGCAGCGAGUCAGGGGUGUCAGGGAACUCCAUUUACUUGGGAGUAGAGGAAGGAGAGCGGUGCUUAUGCUGCAUUGAGUCCGGAGGCCAGCCCACUUUGCAAGUGAAGGAAAAGAACUUAAUGGAUCUGUACCACAACGGGGACAAGUCUCAUCGCUUCACCUUUUAUACACAACCGACCGGGACAGGCACGGUCAGCUAUCAAUCGGUGGCUCAUCCCGGCUGGUUCAUCUGCACCUCACCCUAUCCCGAAGAGCCCGUCACCCUGACGAACAGACUCGGAGAAACCCAGAUCACAGAUUUUCUUUUUCAAAAUAAAAAGACCAGAUGA